CAUCACUGUUCAUUUCACUUGUCUACGGACUACCAUUCUUUCUUGUGUACUUUACACCUUUUCACUCCUUCUGGAAAGCAGAGUAUAACGGCAAGGCCCGUCACAUUAUAAAACAACACUCUUUCUUCUUCAGCUUAUCAAGCAAACAAACCCAAACAAACCUUCAAAAUGCAUUUCGCUACCUCUGUUGCUACUCUCAUUGCCUCGGCGGCUCUCUCUUCCGCCGCCACCGUCAACUUCUGGACCCUGGACAAUGUUCAGCGCACCAUCUACUUCACCUGCAACCCUGGCAAUGCUGAUAUUGCCUCCGUCACCGUCGACGGCAGCAAGAACACCACUGUUACCUUCCCUGACACCUGGCAAGGCAACUUCUACGCCGUCAAGGAGGGCGAUGCCAACGUCCCCGGCAUGCUUGGCGAGGUUAACUUUGGCAGCUGGCACGGACUGACCUACUUCGACGUCUCUGCCAUUGUCGACCCCAACGACAAGGACAACGUCAAGCAGAUGUUCCCUGCUGAGUCCUAUGAGCCCAUGUCUGGCUGUGUCAACUUCCCCUGCAACAACGCCUACUACCUCCCUGAUGACAUCCAGACCAAGGCUACCCAGGAGAGCGACCUCAUCUGCACUCUUGGCUCUGGCUCCGUCGCUCACACCUUCACUGAGGAGCAGUAAAUUACUGUACAUUCAGAGACUUUCCUUUUUUUCUUUGGUCUGACUUGAGAUGCUUUUAGCUCUCCUAGGGUGCUGAGCACCAGGUCACUCACGACGCUAUGAUGGAAUGCAAAAAAAUUAUCAUCUAGUCCAAGAUGGCUGGAGAUAUACGGGCAAUGGGUUACUGGGCAUGGAAAAAAAAAAGGACAAACUUGGUUGCGAGCACAACCAUUCACUUCUUACAGAUUUGGUCUUCCUUCUCACGGGGCCAGAGGCUGGCACUCAUUUUCUACUUAUACCGCCCACAGAGGCGCUUCUCACACUCCUUUAUUACGGCCUUUAUACAAACUUUUCUUCACUUCUUGAAUACCCCUUUUUUUCUUGAUGUAUAUAUUUAGAGACUUUAUGCAGAUUCUGGAUAGAUAUAGAACUGGCAAUGUGGAAUUUUUUGAUUGGA